UGGUCUCUUCCGUCUUCCCCGGUCAAGAAGAUAAGCACAGGUGCUCUCCCCUGCACUCGGUCAUCGCACCUCCCUCCCCUUCCCUCUUCUCCUCACGCGGCCGCCUCUCCAAUCCGACCAGGCAAUUAAUCCGCCUCUCCAAUCAGACAAGGCAAUUAAUCCGCCGUCCACACGAUCGCCUCUCUUAGCCAGAAGCCGGAAUCAAUCGAGUCGGACACCGCGCCGUCUCGCCCUCUUCGCAAUGCCGGGCCUCGCCGCCGAGCAGGACGCCUUCUCGCUGGUGCGCCGCGUCGCCCGCGCUCUCAACCGCCGUGUCUCCGACCUCGUCGCGCUGCUCUUCCACCAUAAGAGCGCAGGGUCCUUCGGCGCCGUCGCCGGCUUCGCCAUCGCCGUCGUGUUCGCGUGGAAAUUCCUGCGGUCCUCGCCGGGGCGCCCCCGCCGGCCUGCCCCCAAGCGACCCCCCGCGGCUCCAGCAGCGACCGAUUCGUCCGCUUCGGAUGCGGUCGAGCCUGUAGGUGACGCGGGCAAGUUGAUAACGCGGCAAAUUGUGGCGAAGCGACUGAGCGGGUGUAGAAAGGUUACCUGUCAACUGCUCGGUGUUGUUUUUGAGGAGAAAACUCCUGAGGAGCUUCAGAAACAUGCCACAGUUAGAUCCUCGGUAGUAGAGCUACUACUGGAAAUAUCCAAAUGUUGUGAUUUAUAUCUGAUGGAGACUGUACUUGAUGAUAAGAGCGAGGAGAACGCUCUCAUGGCCCUGGAGAGUGCUGGAAUUUUCAGGACUGGUGGGUUGAUGAAAGAGAAGGUGCUCUUUUGCAGCACUGAAGUUGGCCGAACCUCGUUUGUACGACAGUUGGAAGCAGAUUUUCACAUUGAUACGAGCCUCGACAUAGUUUCUCAACUAUCUCGGUUCAUCCGAUGUCAAUUAUUUAUUUCCUCGAUGGAAGGAGGACAGCUUGCAGCCAAUGUAUUCAACUCACCAAGCCUCGAGCAGUUCUUCUCUUGAAGGCGGAACACAAACAGAGGGUUUCAUACCCUGAAUGUGCGGAUUCCAGCAGCACAUCUUUUCAAGCUCUGGUGUCGUGCGACGUGCAAAUUCAUGACACCAGUUUGGUAGUAGAACCUUCAAAUAUACAAUCAGGCAGGCAUCCAUUGGUACUCAUGUUGCUGCAAGUGGUGCCUGUUCUUUCAAUUGGCUCAUAGCUGAGUGUGCUGUAGAUAAUGAGAACGCUAAGUUAGAUCCUUGCAUUUUUUUUUUCGAGCAACCAUGUACCAAAAUUGUAAAAUGAAUAAUACAGGAGUCGUUUUCUUUGUUAUAUAUUAUCACAACCAUUAGAUUC